GACCAAAACUCAGUGGUUGUGUUUGACAGUUGUGCCUCUGACCAUGUAAUACCGUAAAGUGAGAAUGGCAACAAGUGAUGAAGAUCAUGUUCCUGUCCGUGAUAGCCAUGCCGUCCAUCCAAGGCAUACUGCACCAGAAGAAAUGUAUUGGCUGAGUCACAUGAAUCAAGAAGAAUUAAGAGAAAAAUAUAUUAGGAUGAGAGAUGACUUUUACACACUUAAGAAGUUCUCCUGCAGACAGGAAGAUAAAAUUACAAAGUUGCAGACCAAGCUUCGAAAACUCAUAAGUGACAGAAAGAAGGGUGGUGGGACAAAGAAAAUGGAUUUUAAUGCUCAAGACUUGGAACACCAGGAGAUUAUUGAAACUCAGCGUCAAACCUUACGUGAAGUACAAAGUAAAAAUGAGCAACUUGAGAAGAAACUGAAACUUGCAAAUAUUCAGCUAAGUGCAGCUAAAAAGAACAAGCCUAUGCUGUUUCGUAAUGUUGGGCCACGGGUGGAUAGUGGACUCAAGCAGCCGAGGACACCGGCAAGCCCCCUAAGGAGUCAGAGAAGACCACUGUCCCGACCUGGAUCUGCAUCACUGCUCUCCUCCUCAGAAAGCACUUCAAGAGCCCCUUCACCACGAUCCAAAGAAAAAGCAGAUGAAGUGUUACCAGAAAAGGUGCGUUCAAUACUUGAAGAAGCACGGGAGAAAAUCUUGGAACUGGAAAAUGAACGAGAUGAAUUGCAGGAGCACCUGAGUGAGUCACAACAGGCUGCAGAAGACACAGAAUAUGAACUACAGCAGAAGAUAUUGCAUCUUGAGGAGGAAUUGUCGAGUCUCCGUGAUGAGCUGCGUGAUCGGGGAGUGCGGGAAGAGAGGGACUCUGUAGCUGUGGUUCGUGCACAGCGGGAAGCACGAACUAUGGCUGCACGCACUUCGGCACUAGAAGAACAGCUCUCGGUCACAGAAGAGAAGGUUAUUGCUGGGAAAUCCAGGAUUGAGUCUCUUCAGAGUGAAUUAGAGAGAAUGACAAGCAAACUUUUAGCUGCAGAAAAUAAUUUGCGUGAACAACAACAAGAACAUCAGAAAACAAAUGGACAGUUACAACAAACCAGUGAGAAGUAUGACAUAUUGAAGCGAGAAAAUGAACAACUCCAAAAAGAAAAUGACAGACUGUCAAAGCUCAGCUUAUCGGUAGAGCAGCGUGGCUAUCCAGCUGAGAUCCAGACUCUUAAAUCACAUAUUGAGCAUCUAGAGACUGCAUUACAGAGCGAUCUCAGUGAAAGGGGGAAUCUCUUAGAACAUAUGACCCAUGACAAGGAAGAACUUGCCAAGGCAGAAGUCAAGCUAAAAGAACUUCAGACACAAAACUUGGUUCUAAAGGAAGAGUUGGAAAAGGCAUCUCAGAAGCUUAGCCUAUAUUCCAAGGCAGGAUUGCUGAACAUGACCCCAGAAGAGCUUUCAGCAGCAUCCAGGAGAGAAAAAGAAGAAGCUGCAAAUAAGAUAUCAGCAAAGGAAUUUGGAGAUCUGAAACAGGCACACAGUGAGCUGCAGUUGUUGUAUCGAGAAAGAACCCUGGAAUUAGAAAAAACUGCAGAUGCUCUCUCUUUGCAUGGUGAUACAUACAAAAAGUUACAGAGACAAAUGGAUCAUAUGGCUCAAGAGGCACAAGACAAAGAAAAAGAAUAUUCAGUGUCUGUCAGGACACUGACUGACACAAUAAGAAGAAGAGAUGAGCGAAUUGAGAAGCUGGAACAACAGAUGCUGACCCUCACUGAUAAGAGCAUUAAAGAGAAGGUCGAGGAAGUUGGCCGGGACCUUUCCCAGUCAUUGAAGCUUGGAAAACAUGAUAAUUUAUUAGAGUUCCACAUUGAGUGCAUGGUGUUUGAGGCUCCUGCCUUCAGCUAUCAAAAGACUUUUGUGUCCUGGACUGUCCCCUUUUCUUUAGAGGAUCCAUUACAACACACUAAUGUUGGUAUUGGCACACUUGCAAAAUAUAAUCAUUCCUCGCUUUACAAGAUUCAUAUGAAUUACAGAAAUCUAGACUCAUUGAAAAAUGAAAUAGUUACAGUUAGUGUCUACAUACUGUUAGACUCUGGACAUCCUGCUAAGGUAGGAGAGUGCCAAAUAACAUUUUGUGAAGUGUUGGAUCACCCUCGAAACACACUGCAUGGUACUGUUCCUGUGCUGCUAGCUCAUGAUGAUGCAGAGGAAGCUCAGCAUCUGCCUCCAGGGUUAGAUAUCCAGGCAGGACAGGUGAUUGGAACACUGAAAUACUGGUUCCGGUUGCAGCGACCAUCAGAAGAAACAAUUGCUCAGUAUUUGCGAAGUGUUGGUGCUUGCAUGGGAGCUCCCCAAAGGGAAGAUCAGGUUCCAAAAUUGGAUUCGAAAAUCAUACAAUCAAAAAAUCCAAUCAAGAGAAAGGCAAGUCUUCAGGUGGAAGAGGAAAGUUCAGUCAAGCAUGAGCAAAAAUCUGAUGUGCAUGAAGAAUCAGAUGAGGAAGAAAAAACUAGAGCAAAACAUCCCAUUCCCGCUCCAAGAGCACAAUCUCGCAUGAGUAAUUUGCACAAAACCCAAGACAGUUCAUCAAGAGCAGAAAUCUCCCAUGAAUCUCAGGAAGAAGUAGGCCAGUCUCCUCACCACACUGAAGAACACAAGCAGGAAAGCAGAGUAUCUUUCCGGACUCGAUCAGAGUCUUGUAGUUCAACAGGUACUUAUAACAUUGGGAGUCCAGUCCAUGAAGUCAGUCAAAAGAGCAACAGUGAUGACAGUAGUGUUGCUAAGAAUGUAGCAAGUGAGCAGGUUACAUUCCAUGCAGACUCCUCUUCAAAGGUCAAGGAAUCAAGUGGAACAACACAUGUUAAAAGACAAAUUGUGCGACCUAAGACAGCAAUCAGACGUGGACAAGCUCCAUCUCAGAUUGAUAAGGGUGCUAUAAGAAAAAGCCCAGUACAAGUCCGAGAAAAGACUCCUCAGCAAGGGCUGGCCCAGAAGUCUGAAUCUCUAUCUCAGGAAGAAGAUAACAGUGAUACCAUGUUUGAAGAGUCUGAAGAAUCAUCAGAUUCUGAUACUGAAUAUCCCGAGUCUCAUCUGUGGAAUGGAAAGCAGAGGGGACCACCUGAUGAGGAUGAAGAUGAAGAUGAACAAUCCAGCUCUGAAAUCUAUGGUGCAACAUCUAGCAAGAGAUUAUCAAACAGAAGAGUACAGGAGCUGCAGUCAAGGAGCAAAAGUAGUAGCAGUAGUCAAGGAACAGAAGAGAAUUCCUCUCCAACACAUUCAAAUAUUACAAGUGAUUCUGAAGGAGUUGUAGCUGUGCUUCCUAAAACUAAGAAGAACAAGCAAUCAAAAGUAUAUGUUGAAGUAUGUAGCCUGACUCUUCACAGUGAUUCAAGUAUAUCCCAAGAUCCAACAGUUGAACUUCUCUUUGUUGACUAUCAUGGUUUCCUUGGCCUUCCACCAGACCAGCUUGAGACACCUCACUCCCUCCCUAAGCCUCCUCCAGGAUGUGUGAUCAACUUUAAUUUUGGUCAAGAGUUUAGCCUUGAUGAGAAAAAGCAUCCAUCUCGUCUGAAAUCUUUGAUUGACCUAAUGAAGAACAGAGGGAUCAUCAAAUUUACUGUAACUUCAGAACCACCUGAACAUCUUCAGGAUACUCAUGACUGCCAGGAUUUGGGAUAUGCAUAUGUGAAUCUCCAUGAUUUGCUGAAAAGAGGACAAGACCUUUGUGAAUCUCCUUUAACAGUGAAAAGUGUAGAAGAUGGUAGUCAGCUGGGUACACUGUGUAUCACUUUGGUGGUAGUUGAUGUUCUUCGGCAUUUAAGAAAGAAUAGCUUAAUUUAAAUAGGUACCCUAUGUCUCUGAAACAGAAUGUCAAAAGUAGAUGAAAGAUACCAAUUAGGGCUACUUUUAACUCAAAACUGAUCUGUUAGUUGAUGUCACUGAAUAUGGCUCUAUAAUGAAAUGUAUAGAGUAACAUUGUGAACAUACAUCAUUUUCAUUAUAUAACAAAGAAAUUUAUAUGCAGUUGCAAAAGCUAUUGUUUAAUUUAUUUUUAUCAUUUAUUUGUCACAAGUAAGUGACAAAUUAAAGUGAUAAUGAUAAGUGCUUCCUAUAAAAUGAAAGUUCACAGAUGUAUUCCAGGCCUUCUUCCACUUGGCCUUUUACACAUUUCCAUUGCUGAAUCAAACUCUCAUCUUUAUUUCAACUCAUACAGUUAAUAACCCCCCUGGCAAUGAAAUAGGAUAUUGUUAAAUGCUUAAACAAUAGUAUUUUUAAAACACACAAUCACUGUUGUCCCUCAUCAAGGUUAGUGUGAACAUCAGUCUAUGAAUCUGAGCUUCUGCAUUUAGACAAAUAUCUUGAUGCCAUAUUUUUUUUCUUCCGAGAAGUGAAUUUAUAUGGAUGUGUUUUGUCAUUUUAAUGUUUUUACAUUUUUAUAAACUCUAGUGGCUCUAGUUUUUCCUAACUUCCUGUAUCACAAUACAGUUUUUCUCAGGGAGGGGUAAAGCAACUGCACUUAUUUUUGCACCAAAUCUCUUACUUUAUGAUGGAGGAUAACUCAGUGAAAACUGGUAUCAUAACAUUCCUGUGAAACAUACACACCUGCAGAACACACUGCAACACUUUCUAAGUAAUACACUUAUCUCUGGUUGUUGUCUGGCAAGGAAGCAUAUGAGAAAGUUAAAUUCAUCUUUCCUGAGAAAAUGGAAAAAGGGAUAAUUAACUUGACAAGACCUUUUAAUUCAAAGAACCAGAAAACAGUUUGUGGCUUGAAUCAGAUUUUGCAUUUUCUGAGUUUCUUAUAGCACUGUGAUAUCGUUAAAUAACACUGUAUAUACUUUUAUUAAAAAAGAGAAACAUC